CUGUCUGUAUAACCAGAAUAGUGGUAGUAGUCUGUCAUCUCAAAGGGAGAAUGAAAUACCAACGUUGAAAACUGCCAAUAAGGAAUUGUCAGGAAUAUUGAGUAAUCUACGCAAAGUGGAAAAAAGAUUGGAAGCUAUUGAAAGGUCAAUAGACCCUGAUAAUGGUAUUGCAGUUGACUAUAAUGACGAUACAGAUAUCAGCGUGACAUCUGAAGAUGGUAGAAAAUAUCGCCACCAAACAAGUCGGUCUUGGAAAAUGGGAUUGAGUACGGAUAAUUCAGCAGACGAAUGGGAUGACAAUAAAUCUGAUGAUCAAUUUUUUGCAUAACUAUGUGCCAAAAUGGAAUUCGUUAUCACACUCGUAAUUACCG